CUGACUGUUUGUGUCGCUUCCUCGCAGCUUCCUCUCUUCGUCACAGUUGCUAGAUUGAAAUUAGUUACUGCUAGUACCGUCUGUUACGCCGAGAAGAAACGUGCUUGUAGAUUGUUACAACGCGGAUCACUACAUGAAAACCUGCAUGACCUCUUAUUCUACGAACAUGAUCUAAAUCGUUUGGUGGUGUUGAUCACCGGUACGUUUCUCAAGUUUGCCUGGUGCACAAGGCCUCCGCGACGGUCGUGUGCAAGUUUGUGAAAGCAGAACACUGCGUGGUAGGAUGUGACCCUGGUCUGGUGAGCAACAUAUACGCAUAGCAUCUUGCCGGACGGUAUGUACCGUUCCACUUGCGUCCACGAUCCAGGCCUGAGACGCGUGACGUCAUCAUUCGACCGGUCAUCACAGUGCUUGCUAUGCUGCGUCCAGUUCCUGUGCGACCCGAACCAGACUUCGGUGCGUCGUGGAGCUGUGGCGAGGUCAUUGGUCGACACCCUCAGGACAUGCGACAUCGUAGGUCAGCUGGGGACCUCGGACCCACUUCCCCUGGCGGACCAACUACGAACUGCCUUCAUGGUCUUCAUGAGUGAAGCUGUGGACAGGGAUUCCCAAAUCGUUGCAGCAGAAGGUGUGACCCUCCUUGUGGGUCAACGCAGUGGUCUCCAAAAGAGGCAGGUCUUGUCCCUUGUGGAAUCAGCUGUGGAGGACAUCCUGGACUACGUGGCAUCAUGUGAACGUGCGACGAAUUCAGAGGCGUUUCUGGGCCUACUCAAUAUCCUGGUGGAAUUACAUCCAGGCAUCACAGGCCGGGUUAUAUCAGAAAGGCCAGAUGACUUGUCGUCCCUCGUGGUGCGAGCCUUAGCAGAUCCCAGCCGCGCACUGAGUGGCGAAGUCCUGGCCCUGCUUGGAAAACUCUGUCAAGCGGAGCAAGUUGAACGAGGCGACGAAGUGCCGUAUCGUUUGCACGACGAUGUCUUUGAGUCGGUCUCGACGUGCUUGCCGGACUUGCUCCAGUCCGAUGACGUGGUGCUGCAGUGUUCUGCUCUAAAGCUGGUAUCACAGCUGUCAACUUCGCCAAGGCGGGUACACUUACUGUUUCCGCCCUACGCGAGCGGUAUGGCGGCGGCCUUAAAAGCUGUUUUGCUACAACACGGUGACGCUACGUUGAAAAUUUCGGCCGUGCAAUCUCUCUGUCAACUGGCAACCUUGUCGUCUGCUACCGUUCAGGAGUGCAUAUCUGUAAACAUUCCAGACAUCCUUUUCGAAUGCCUUCUGUGCACAGACAAUCUCCUCAUAGAGUCCGUCUUGUGCUGUUUGGAGCUCUUAAGUAAAGAAGAAUCGUUCUUCAGGAACUUCGCCGUACCUUACGCAUUUCAACCGUUGAUGACCUGUACAGCGCAGCUUGUUCAAAGCAACUGUCUAGAUGCCGCUGUUGAUGCCUUUGAAUUCUUGUGUCACCUAUUACAAAAACAAAGUGGCUUUAGGGCGAGCGAAAGUCUUCUGCGUUGCUUUCUUCAGCACUUGGAUUGCUCGAUUGCAAAGAACUACCAGAACCUCACUAUCUCCAGUGUCAGGGUUAUGCAACAGCUAAUCAAAAGCGAUAUCCUGCCGACCCCGAUUCCGAUGACGCUGGUGCAGAAUCACGUGUUUAACGCCCUGCAAGCCACCCCAGAGAUCGGCAGCUGGAGCGUUCCUUCUGAAGGGUCGCAGGGGUCACCGAUGGCAGCUAAGAGCUGCCUCGCGGCAGUUGGUCUGCUGUCGUCUUUUGUCGACACCUACGUCUUCUGGACCUUAAACCCAACAGCCAGAGAGGAAUCGUAUGCAGAUUCUGACACCGCGAGGACCAACGGCGAUUUGAGCGACGUUAUAAAACAUGUCUUUUUGUCCUUCCUGAAGCUGUUCGUCUCCGAUUGCAAGGGCUCUGAGUCUCCUGUGGUUCGUGACGCAUUCCUAGCCGGUUUCUCGGCCGCUUGUCAAGCCUUUGGAAAAGAGAACGCCGAAGAAGUUUGCGACUAUCUGGUGGCCUUACUCAGGGAACAGUUCCUCAACUUCUUGUGGGAAACGAGAGGAAUGGCACAAGAACUGUUGGCAUCGAGUGGCUCAGCUCUGAAAUGGACAUUAUGGAUAAUGACGGAUGCGGAAUUUAGGAACGAUCAUCUCCUAUUUGUACUAGAAAGAGGAGUCGAAGGACUUGGAGACACUUUCGAAUCGUCACUGCAACUUCUGGAACUGAGCUCUGUAUCAUACUCGGACGCACAACUAACGUUGCUUCAUGUAUGUUGCGCAGAGUGGAUGUUUGGAGAUGACUGCAACCGAGAGGUGUCGCCUUCAUUCGUGUCAGCGAUAUGCGCAUACACUGAGGCAAACACUCCUGCACCUCCGGAUGACGACACUCUGCUCCUAAGGUCGCUGACGUUUCUUAUAGCGGUGACCACGAUGAGCAACUUUGAACCUGAAUCCGAAGACCAAGUAAAGCGAGCAAACACAUGGUUGCUGGACUGCCUGUCGCGAGUGUCCAACUGGGAUUCCAUCAUCGUUCCCGAAGACACAGUAUUGUCGUGGUGCCUCUGCAGCGAAAGGCACAGGGAACUCCUGGGCAGUUUCGCGCUAAAAAAAUGGAUGGAGAUGCCACAGCCACCUCAAAAUCUUCUUUCAACCAUCGUUGACUCGUUCGGAGCGUUGCAAUCUGUAGGGGAACUUUUGUCAUCGGAAGAGCACGGUGUGGCACGGGAGACUACACUUUUCCUCAAGAGGCUCAUCGAAUCUAAUCCGAACGACGAAAAAUGUCCACUCCUCAAGGAAGAGCUGUGUUUUUUCACGCUGAACGCGUUCACUUAUCAUUGGCUGCGCCGCACUGAAGAGACCUCUCAAGUCCUGUGUGGUCUGUUGGACAUGUUGACCUACUGCAAGAAGCCUUUCGCCGGGCUUGUCUCUGGCGAGCUGGAGGUGUUUCAACAAGUCUUGCAGCUUUCAACGCAAGAUUUCAAACCGCCACAAUGGUCUACAGUAAUUGAAUACUUGCUUACAGUCUUCUGCGGCAGAAGCAGCGAAGUGGAUUCUGCUGCAUCCUUUCUGUUGUGCAGCGAACAGGUAAUCGAAGGUCUGGAGACGCAACUGUCCAUCCGGGGCCUUACGAGAUCAAUGACUUUUGCCCUGCUCCAAAAAUUGGUUGCUAUUCAGCUGCGCACGAACAUCAAUAGCUCUAGGAAGUUCGUGUUGAACUGGCAGACAACUACGGCAGAGUUGCAGAGCGCGCACACAGCUACGGCUCUACCCGUCAUUCAUCUCUUGACAGCCAUUUUUAAGGCGGAACUCUGGGACGGAACCUGCGUCAGGUUUUCGGCAACUCCUGCGCUGAGCGACUACAGCACCCUUCUCUACAUACUGAGCAAUCACGUCGUUAGGAAGAACACGCUAUUGGAAGAAGCAGCAGUGGAGUGUCUAGAGACAUUGUUCGAAUUUUUUACUGCUUCAGACGAAAAUGAACUGGCCAACGAAUUUCCGGCAUACCCUUGGCUUGGACUGGCUGUAGAAUGUCGUCUGUCAGACUCGCAGGUCGCGGACGAAGUGACCUUGCGCGUCAUGCUAUUGGUAUUCCAAGGACCCCACGUCAACCCUGCCGUUGAGGGGGCGAUUCCAACGGUCGUCGACGCCGUCUGCCAAAGGGACACUUCCAGCCCAGCCCUUGCUGCCAGGGUUGCUGCGAGACUGUUGGGUACGGCGUACAACGCUAAAUUGUCGGAUGAUCACCGAGGAAUACUUCGAAAAUUCAUAUCUGACACGGCAGUCGAAAACCAAGUUGCUUUCUCCUAAAUCAUCACUUUCGUCGACACUAGCGACGGUGGGAGCCCAGUUGCAACUCAACAGGCCCACAUUGGAGCCCAAAUUCCGUCUGCAGUUGAGGAGGACCAAGUUUUCUUCGGAAGUUGGACACUGCAGUCUUCCUCCUUUUCGGGAGUUUCUUCAGUGUAAACUUCGUUGUAUUAAACAGAGGCAUAUUUGUU